AUGUCUUUUAUCUUGGCGUAUCGACGACCGAAGGAGAAACUAGUUCGACCACGGGCACCAAGCAACCCUCGCCUUCAGGAGAAUUUUAUACACCAAUUCAGGCCCAAGCCCUACAGGCUCCUUAGGUUCGAGGAGUUGCCUGAAUGGUAUCAAGACAACCACUUCUGCAGAUCAGGAUAUCGACCAGUGUCCAACUCAUGGAUCACUUGCCUGCUUUCCCUUGGGCAUCUCCACAACGAGUCACUGAACAUCUACACUCAUCUGAUACCGGCCGUCGGUCUUAUGUUCGGACAAUUUCUCAUCUAUAGUGGCCUAAGCUAUUUCUAUCCGGACGCAUCGAUAGCCGACCACGCCGUCUUCAGCGUCCAAGUUAAUGCCGCCAUCAUUACUAUGCUGCUUUCCUGCAGCUAUCAUACCAUGAUAUGCCAUUCGAGAGACGUUGAGAAUUUGAUGCUGAGGGUUGAUUAUGUCGGGAUUCUUACGCUGAUAAUGGGAAGCUUCUUUUCCGGCAUCUAUGUGGGAUUUUACUGCGAACCCGUCCUCCGGCGCGUCUAUUGGUCCAUGAUCAUCUCCCUCAGCCUAAUUACCGCUACAUUGGUUCUGCAUCCCAAACUACAGGGCCUGAAAUAUCGGGGUCAUCGGACGUGGGCUUUCAUUUUCACAGCAUUGUCGGGCUUUGCGCCAAUCAUCCACGGCAUUGUCCUCUAUGGUUGGAGCGAGAUGUGGGUGCGCUCCGGAAUGCCUUAUUGGUUCCUGGAAGGCCUUGUUUAUGGGAUCGGCGCGUUCUUCUUCGUCACGCGGAUUCCGGAGUCUAUAUGGCCGGGCCGCUUUGAUAUUUGGCUCUCAUCACACCAGUUCUUUCAUGUCUUUGUGGUAUUGGCGAGCCUCGUACAUCUGUACGGAGUCUGGGUGGCAUUUGAUUGGAAUUAUCAGCAUCAACGAGUCUGCGCAGCGCGGGUUAUGUGA